ACGUCAGUGACUGAUUGUAUGCUAGGGUGAAGAUGGCGGAGGCAGCUGCGGCACAACAACACCGCUUUUUCUGUCACUGCUGUAAAGGUGAAAUCGACCCCAAAUUCCCAGAAUUCACUUGCCCCAGGUGUGAGUCCGAUUUCAUUGAGGAGUUGUCAGAAGACUCCAGUCUCUUGGAGAACAGCAGCACUGCAGAGGCCAAUGAUGAUGCAGGCACACUAUUUUCAGAGCUGUGGCAGCUGCUGUUUAUGGAACGCUCUGCCCUACUCUCGGACCCCUCCGCCUAUGAGUCUGACCAGAGCCAACUACAGGCUGCCCCUGCCAGUGAUGCAAUGGAGGACGAACUGGAGGGCCCUUCUGUGGACCCUGUGGGACGCACAGAGCCUUUGGAGCCUGAACCGGAACGCCCCUCUCGCCCGCCUAGCCAGGGGAGUCGACAGUCCCGCGCGCCAGCAGUGGAGGGUAUUGUGCAGCAGUUUUUGGCUGGCCUGUUUGCCAACAAUGGAAAUCCAGGUGUCGCACCAGCUGCACUGUCUGGCAUGUUCCAUUCAAAUCCAGGGGACUAUGCCUGGGGUCAGGGAGGUCUAGACGCAGUUAUCACAGAGUUGUUAGGUCAGUUUGAGAGCACAGGUCCACCUCCUGCAGAGAAGGAGAUGAUCUCAUCUCUCCCCACAGUCAAUAUCUCUCAAGAACAGACAGACACAAGACUGGAGUGUCCAGUAUGUAGAGAGGAGUACUCCGUGGGAGAGUCUGUCAAACAGCUGCCCUGCCUCCAUUAUUUCCACAGUGACUGCAUAGUGCCAUGGCUCAAACUGCACGAUACCUGUCCUGUGUGUCGUAAAAGUCUUGACGGCGUCGACCAGAGCAUCCAGCCCCCACCAGAACCCCCAGAGCCUCCCUCCAUCAGGACAGACCCUCAGGGGGAGAGACGGGCUAUUUGAGGUUUAGGUCUCCCUCUCUUCUACCCCUCUGGCAUCUCUUCUUCCCUUUUGUUCUUCUGAACGAGGCUCACCUCUCCUCAUGCCUCGUCAUCCAUCGCUCCUUCUUUGACCACACAUUUAUUGAAGAGACAGAUUUGAAUUCAACUGUGCCUCAUUAUCAAAAUGAUGCUUGCUUUGAAAAAUCACCUCACAAUGCUUUCACCCACAGAUCACUGUACAUUUCCUGGGGAACUUUGAUUGAGGUGAGAAAGAUCCAAUAUGCCUGCAAUAUAACCUCACCUGCAAAUGGUUCCAACUGUUUUCUGACAAAAUGUUAUGGAUUCAAUUUGUCCCUUCGUAGAGGCAUUUCACCUGUUCUGAAUGUCUAUUAAAACAAAUGAACUGACAUCAUUGAGCCAUAGGGACGUGAUGAAAUUAGGAGAAUUUGGGAAAAUCCUGAAAGGUGAGCUGAACUCACUCUCUUGCAUUGUUGAUCUGGAUAAGAGAAUUUCCCUACUCUGUUCUCUCUGACCUCUUUGGUUGCAUCACAAUAAUCUCUGCUUUCUCCUGAAGGGUGUACUUGUUCACUUCAUGGAUUUGAAAGGAAAUUACUGGUAUAUGGAAACUCCUAGGCCAUACCUAAACCAAUCCAAAGCUUUUACAUUUGUGGAGAGUAGUGAACGAAUGCAAACUUCGGGAGGAAGGAGAGGUUAUUGGGAAUGCAACCACAGGGAGAAUCUCAAUUGUAUACUUGCGUCCUCUCUACUUCUCAAAAUCCAUUGGAGGAGAGGAUCAGAGGGGCGGGAUCUUUGGCUUUCUCUUCCAAUGGGUUUUGAGGAGGCGAGGAGUAUGCAAUUGAAACUCUUCCCCCGUCUCCCACUUCCUCAUAUUAGUUAAUAAUGUCUACCUCUCUUUAUGUCCCCUAUUAAAGACUAAUGUUGUGUUCUUCACACUAUCCACCAACUUCCUGUUACAACAUUAUGCACUUUCCUAAUGCAUUAGUCUUUUACCUCUUUCUAACAUUUUAUUUUGAAUGAUAAGUACAAGUCACAGCAAAAAAGCAAACGUGUUUUUAAUAUUGAAUAUUGAAUAUUGAUUUGCCUAUAUGUGUAUUGGUAUGUACACUGCUCAAAAAAAUAAAGGGAACACUUAAACAACACAAUGUAACUCCAAGUCAAUCACACGUCUGUGAAAUCAAACUGUCCACUGAGGAAGCAACACUGAUUGACAAUAAAUUUCACAUGCUGUUGUGCAAAUAGAAUAGACAACAGGUGGAAAUUAUAGGCAAUUAGCAAGACACCCCCAAUAAAGGAGUGGCUCUGCAGGUGGUGACCACAGACCACUUCUCAGUUCCUAUGCUUCCUGGCUGAUGUUUUGGUCACUUUUGAAUGCUGGCGGUGCUUUUACUCUAGUGGAAGCAUGAGACGGAGUCUACAACCCACACAAGUGGCUCAGGUAGUGCAGCUCAUCCAGGAUGGCACAUCAAUGCGAGCUGUGGCAAGAAGGUUUGCUGUGUCUGUCAGCGUAAUGUCCAGAGCAUGGAGGCUCUACCAGGAGACAGGCCAGUACAUCAGGAGACGUGGAGGAGGCCGUAGGAGGGCAAAAACCCAGCAGCAGGACAGCUACCUCCGCCUUUGUGCAAGGAGGAGCACUGCCAGAGCCCUGCAAAAUGACCUCCAGCAGGCCACAAAUGUGCAUGUGUCUGCUCAAACGGUCAGAAACAUACUCCAUGAGGGUGGUAUGAGGGCUCGACGUCCACAGGUGGGGGUUAUGCUUACAGCCCAACACCAUGCAGGACGUUUGGCAUUUGCCAGAGAACACCAAGAUUGGCAAAUUCGCCACUGGCGCCACACUGAGCACGUGACAGAGUCUGGAGACACAGUGGAGAACGUUCUGCUGCCUGCAACAUCCUCCAGCAUGACCAGUUUGGCGGUGGGUCAGUCAUGGUGUGGGGUGGCAUUUCAUUGGGGGGCCGCACAGCCCUCCAUCUGCUCGCCAGAGGUAGCCUGACUGCCAUUAGGUACCGAGAUGAGAUCCUCAGACCCCUUGUGAGAACAUUUGCUGGUGCGGUUGGCCCUGGGUUCCUCCUGGGUUCUUCCUAAUGCAAGACGAUGCUAGACCUCAUGUGGCUGGAGUGUGUCAGCAGUUCCUGCAAAAGGAAGGCAUUGAUGCAAUGGACUGGCCCGCCCGUUCCACAGUCCUGAAUCCAAUUGAGCACAUCCGGGACAUCAUGUCUCGCUCCAUCCACCAACGCCAAGUUGCACCACAGACUGUCCAGGAGUUGGCAGAUGCUUUAGUCCAGGACUAGGAGGAGAUCCCUCAGGGGACCAUCCGCCACCUCAUCAGGAGCAUGCCCAGGCGUUGUAGGGAGGUCAUACAGGAACGUUACAUCAAAGUUGGAUCAGCCUGUAGUGUGAUUUUCCACUUUAAUUUUGAGUGUGACUCCAAAUCCAGACCUCCAUGGGUUGAUAAAUUUGAUUUCCAUUGAUAAUUUUUGUGUGAUAUUGUUGUCAGCACAUUCAACCAUGUAAAGAAAAAAGUAUUUAAUAAAAAUAUUUCAUUCA